GAGGGAGAGGUUUUGUCAUACGUGUUGUCAUAUCUUUGGAUGUCGCAAUAGUGAGUCGGUUUGUUCAGAAAAAAAACCAGCGGUAUCACGCUAGGCGGAAUUUCCAUUUACUUCCGUGUUUUCACGAAAAUGUGAAAUGUGAUAAGCUGUCCAGAAAUGUUUAAGUUUUUCCAAGAGUGGCGACAAAACUUUAUACUGAAUUCAAUAUUGUUUUCGCCUGUUGGAAUUUCUGGAAGCGUUUGGUGUGGCAGUCGGGAUGGGAUGUACACCUAGCAUUCAUGUAAACCAAACAGGUGUUGUAUACUGUCGAGACUCGGACGAAUCGAAUUCACCCCGCGGUUCGUACAGUGCUACUAUUCAUACUCACAUUAUAAAAACCGACAGUUCAGAAGUGACGUCAAUUUCCCGCCCAAUUUCACCCGGAAAACAAAAACGAAAAGAUUGUAGAGAAAAAGAAGUAUCAACAACAUCAAAUAAUGCAGUCGAAACGCAAACUACCAGUGUUCAGAUGAAGAUUAAGCUGGGUAGUGUAGCGAUCACUCUGCCUGACUACCCGCACUACUCUCCGGAGCGAUCCUCUCCCACCAAGCCCUUUGUCAGUUCCCGGAUUAACACAAAACACAACAAAAUCCAUAGAAACAAAAAACCUUCUAGAUCGUCUAAAAGAAUAUUGGUCGAGGACAUAAGCUUGAGCGAAGAAAUCUUGAUAGAUCUGCAGGAUGAGAUGAAUACAGAUAAUGAAGUGACAUUUGGACCAAUGAAGCUGAAACAGAAGAAUUUAUCUAUAUUGCUGGUGUUCGCCAAGGAGGAUGCUCAAAGCGAUGGGUUUUGGUGGGCAGCAGAUAAAAUGGGCUACAAAUGCUUUAUAGCUCACAAUGCUGAAGGAGCUCUAGAGUGUUAUUUGGACAAGCAUCAUGAUGUGGUCAUUAUAGACCAUAGAAACAACAAGAGUUUUGAUCCUGAGGCACUCUGUCGUUCAAUGAGAGCCACCAAGUCCAGCGACCACACUGUUAUUGUGGCAGUAACAAAGAGAAUUGCACCAGAAAAGGAUGAGCCUUCUGUACUUUCGCUGUUAAAAGCAGGAUUUAACAAGAGAAUUCCAGAAAACCACAAUGUGAACUCUUGCAUUAAUGAGUUACUAUGCCUGGAGUAUGGUGAAGUAAGAAGCCAGUUAAAGCUCAGGGCCUGCAGUGCUGUCUUCUCGGCACUGGACAAUAUUUCAGAAGCCGUACAGAUAUGUAAUGAGGACAACCAAAUACAGUAUGUUAACCCUGCCUAUGAGAGAUUGACUGGGUACUCAGCUGAUGAAGUGAUAGGAAAAGAUGCUACAGAAAUGGCCAAAGCAGACAGAAACAAAACAGAUCUACAUGACACCAUCAAUAAUCAGCUGAAGAAGGGCAAGUUUUGGGAGGGUACAUACCAUACCCGGAGAAAAAGCAGCGACGUUGGCAUUUCAACUCAUUGUGUGUUUAGUCCUAUACUUGGACCAGGAGGGAAACUUUCCCACAUUGUUUCUGUACAAAAGACAACCCCAGAUACCUCAUACAGCGAUAGGAUAAAGGAAGCCGAGUACAACCUAGCCAAUGUCAAGUUGGGGUUACCGGUCAGUUUCCGACGGAGAUCUAGUGGGGUGGCCCAUGGAUAUCCUAGAAGGAGAGAGUCUCUAGCCAAGAUUCAUUCCAUGACUGUAGAAGCCCCCAUAACCAAGGUUAUUAACAUCAUAAAUGCAGCACAGGAAAACAGCCCCAUCACAGUGGUUCAGGCGCUGGACAAAGUCCUAGAGAUAUUACGAACCAGUCAAUUGUACUCGCCACACUUUGUACAACCAAUGAAAGAGGGGGACACGAUGACCUCUGACCUUGUGGGCGGGCUGGUUUCGCAAAAUGUAAAACGACAACUCAUAACUAGUUCUCAAGAGAGCAGCAGUGUGUCCCACAGUAAACCUGUGUCUGGUCACCAUAUCCACAUUCCCAACAAUUUGCUAUCACAGAUGCAACCAGAAGUAUUAGAAAUACUAGAACUAGAACCUUCAUGGGAUUUCAACAUUAUCAACUUAGAAAAGGCAACAGCCAAACGACCUUUGGUUCACUUAGGAUUAAAAGCAAUGGCUCGAUUUGGUGUCUGUGACUUUUUACGUGUUGAUGAAAUGACAGUCAUGAACUGGUUAAACUUAAUAGAGGCCAACUAUCAUUCCACAAAUUCUUACCACAACUCAACACAUGCUGCAGAUGUGCUUCAUGCCACAGCAUUUUUUCUUACAAGAGAACGAAAUCAGGCUGUACUAGACCAAAUGGACCAGGUUGCUUGUUUGAUAGCUGCCAUUAUUCAUGAUGUAGACCACCCUGGCUACACUAAUGCCUUCCUAAUCAAUGAGAAGAAUCCCCUGGCACUCAUGUACAAUGACCAAGCUGUUCUUGAAAACCAUCAUGCUGCCUUGGGCUUCCAAUUGUCAUGGAAAGACAACUCUGUCAAUAUAUUUAAAAACCUAACAAGGGAUGAGUACACUCCCCUGAGGGAGACCAUUAUUGACAUGGUGCUGGCUACAGAGAUGAAGCAACACUUCGAACACCUCAACAAGUUUGUCAGCUGUGUCAACAAAAGCACACUGAAACUAGAGGAAACUUCUUCAAUGAGUGGGACUGGCUCACCCGACAGCAUGGCAAUUAUAAACCAGUUGUCCACCCCUGAAAACCGCUCUCUGAUUAAGCGCAUGCUGAUAAAGUGUGCGGACGUCAGUAAUCCGUGUAGAACUACAGAGAUGUGUAUAGAGUGGGCCAAACGCAUUGCCGAGGAAUACUUCAUACAGACUGAUGAAGAAAAGAGAAGAAACUUACCUGUGGUUAUGCCUGCAUUUGAUAGAAAAACCUGCAGUAUACCAAAAUCACAAACCAGUUUUAUAGACUUCUUCAUCAAUGACAUGUUUGAUGCCUGGGAUUAUUUCUGUGAUAUUCCUGAUUUGAUGGCCCACCUACAGGAGAAUUAUCGAUACUGGAAAGAAAAAUCAGAAGAUGAAGCAUCAUGAUGAUUAAAACACUGUUCUGGUUGGCAAGUCUGGUUCUGAGUAAACCAUAGUAACCCAAUUCACAAACCAGAGUAUAAGCCUAAAGUGUGAACCAGAGUAAAAUUAGUCUGAAUGAGAGUGUGAACUGAUGUGAAACAAUAUGAACCAGAGUGAAAUGAGCCAGUGUGUCCCAUCGUGACACAGGUUGCUGUGGACUGAACAGCUCGUUGCUUUUUACCUCAUUUUUGUAUGAACAUGGACACAAGUGCCAGAAGAUAAAGACUCGAGCUGGACCUGUUACCACCCGGGUUGGCAGGGUGUUCCAAGGACAGUAGUACUGACUUGUACUGAUCCCCUCUUCACUAACCCCCAGGAGCAAACAUGCAGUCAUCUCUAUUUUUGUAAAGAUCUCAUAGUUGUAUUUGUUCAAACAAAACCCCAGCCAGAGUGCUAUUGGUGUCUUGACAACCAUCUGUAAGACAUUGGUUUAUCAGAAGACUUGUAAGAGACGUGUGUAUUCUUUGUAUUAUAUUGUUAAAUUAUUAUUGGUCUCUGUUGCUUUUGUGACAAGACUCCAUGUUUAUAGGUGAGUUCUUUGUCCCAGAGAUGGUUGUAUGCAUACUCUUGUUCAUUGUUAAAUUUUUAAUAUUAAAUCAGUUUAUAGUUUAUUUUUUCUCAAAAUUUUUAAUUCAAACAAUUGUGCUAUGAUGUUACAUAUGAAAUUAUAUAGUGACAUGUUCAAGAAUUAUUAGGACCAACUUUCCUUUUGUUGAUGCCCAAAACUGAUGCUAUCGUCAUCAUUAGUGGUUAUAUCAGACUGAAUGCUUGCAGUGUUUUAUACGGAAUAUAGUUCUUUGUAAACAAAAAAUUAUGGUGGUAAAAUAAAAUCUACAAAUAUUGUAGAAACACUGUCCCAUCAAGUGUCAGUCACAACUGGUCCCAUAUUCCUCUUUAAACAUCAAAAUAGUUUGAAAAUUCUUGUGCUCUGCAAAGAGCUGCAUACUAAUUUGGGCGACAAUUACUUAACUUGUCUUUGUAAAGGCUUCUUACAAAGGGAAAGUGAGCUUAAGAUCUAGUCAUAUUUCCUGUUUUGUUUCUUUAAUCAAUGUGAUAGAUUUGUUGUACUGUGAUUUGAUUUGUGAUUUAUGAAAAAAUGGCAAACUUGUGAUAUCGAAUACAAGUUCAGUUGUGGAAAUGCAUUUGCCAAAAAUAUAGAAAAUAUGUAUACCUGUAGGUUAUAAAGCUCACUUGUAUCAACAUCACCCGAUGUUGGGUGCCAAACUAGGAAUUAAUUAUGUACCUCAAUUUGUGAAGAAUAAUAUUGAUACUUGACUCACACAAGUAGAAGCUCAAGUAAUGUCUAUAGUUCAUGUAUAUCAAUUUUCCACGUUGCUCUUGGCCGUCAUUUGCAUGACAGUCCAGGGGUGUCCAUUUCUCAUGUUAUCUUCAUUUGAUGUUUGUCAAGUUAUUUAAUCAGAUGAAUAUACUGUAGUUCUAUAUUUCUAUUAUUUUUUUUUCUUUGUUAGGGAAAAAAUAUUACAUUUUUAUCAUAUACUGUGGAGAGUGUUACAUCUAAUUUAUUUUGUAUGCAUUCAUCAUGUACACUUGUUAGUAUUUAUCCAUGAAGUUUUUUUUUAUGUGGAUAAUGUCUGGAAAUCACUAAGAUUUUCCUUCAGGUAUUGUAAAAACUUUAUCACAUAAAUACCGUAUUCAUUCUUUUAUAUAGCUGUUUUUCUUGAAUGUUUAUUAAAAACGUAUUUACCUCACAAAUAAUGUUCAGAUUUAGCAAAGGGAGGGGGCUGACAGACAACCUAAGCUAGGUUAGGGGAUUUAGGGAUAAUGUUACACCAGUGAAUCUUCUCUGUCUUGGGCUAUUUAUCUCGGUCGAUUCCAUCCAAUCAUCCGUCCAUCAAGGGGUCAAAGGAAUCAUAAGGGUUGUCUUCAAACCAAAAAGAAACAUGAGGAAAAGUCUUCACUCUGUUAGAAAGACCAAAAGAUAUAAACUUUGUAUAGUGAUAGUAUUUUGAAGAAGUUUUACCAAAGUUAUACCUGUAGACUGUAUCAGUGUUUUCAAAAACCGGUUUUUUGUUGCAACUUUUUUCUCAAUAAUUCCUGUGCAUGUACCAAUAUGUGACCGAAGACGGUAGAUGGUGGAUGGAUAUUAAGAAUGUUUAGGACCAGUCGUGUUGAUAUAUAUGAAGUACAAAAUGAGCUCUACCAAUGUUGUGUUUUAGAUUGGUUGAUAGAUAUGUCGGUAGUAUUCUAUUGUUUAGGUAUUUCAUAUUUGAAGUAAGAAAAACCCUCUGCCCUCCGACAGUAAGGGGAGGUAACUGAGGGGAAUAGACUGAGGGUAUGGGUUAUGUAUGUGUAGCUAGUUGUUAUAAGUAUCAUAUUACCAAAUGUUAUACUCCAUGUAGAUAAAUUGAUAUUUGCAUUUUAUUUAGAAUUAAUGUGUUUGAAUUAGAUAUUAUUAAAGCCAUUUCUUGACA